UAGAAACUGCUAAUAUUUGAAAAAACAUGGCUGUGCCUUUUUCGAAUACAACAUUGAGAGUUCCACAUGGUUUUCCAAACUUAUUGGAAGGUUUGGCGAGGGAAGUUUUAAGACACCAACCGAAAGAUAUUUAUGGUUUUGGUGCUAAAUACUUUGAAGGGUUGCUAUUAAAAAGAGAAGAAACUGGGACUGAAGAUUUGGCUCAGCUUGGCGCAAAACUAAAUGAUCGGUAUUAUAACAGCAAAGCGUAUUGUACUGGUACAUGCAACAUUAAUAAUACUGAACAUCAAGAGGCUGCUGUACGUAUUCAAGCAGAAUAUCGUAGACAUUUAGCUAGCCAAGAAACUGAACACCUACGUGAAGAAAAUGCAGCAACUCGAAUUCAAGCAAAUUAUCGUGGUUACAGAGAUAGAAAACUAGUUAACGUAAUGAAGGAAAACGAACGUGAUAUGGAUCAUUCUGGAGAACAACUAAACAAAGAAGAUGAAGCAAAUCUUGAAAGCGUAAGAGACAUCGAUCAAACAAGUGUUUUACCAAAUCAUACAAUUUCACCAAAUAAUCAAUUAUUUGAAGAAAACAAGGAUUUUAAUCAAUUAUCACAAUCAAAAAAAUAUAGUGAAGACGAGGCAGCUACCAUAAUUCAAUCUAGAUAUCGAGGUCAUCUUCAACGAGAACGUUUUCAUAGUACUACAAAACUAAAACGAAUAUUCAUUAAUAAUGAUGAUUCAAAUGAUGAUAUUGUAACUGAAAACGACGUAGUUAUUGAUCAAGCUUCCAGUCCAUCACAUCAUCAUCAUCGUCAUUCAGAUUCUGUACAAUCUCCAAUAGAAUCAAAAGAAAUAGAUAUUGAAGAAAAGGUUACUGGUAAAGAAUCAUUAAAUAACAAUAAAAUUGAAGAAAAUUUCCGGUUAUCUGACGACGAAAUCUCAUCUCAUCAAGAAGGGAAGAAUAUAGAAUCUGACAAACAAAUAACAAACGAUUAUUUUAUUGAAGAUUCUAACGAAAACACAACUGAAGAUAUAAGCAUUGCAAAUAAUACUGAAUCAGAAGAACAAACAACUGAACAAACACCUAGAAAAGAAGAUGAGGAAGGAGACGUUGAGAAACCUCAAAAUUCAGAUAAUGAAGGCUAAUUAAAAUUAUACACAGUAAAUGAAUGAAUGAAUGAAUGGAUGGAUGGAUAAAUGUGAAACUUCAUAGCAGCUAUUUAUCUUAUUUAGUUUUAUUAUUUUUUACUCUACCUCAAUAUGAACAUUUUGUGAUGUUUUGCACAAUUUCUAAUCUAUGUACAUGUUUAUUCUAUUUCUUGUGUUGUUGUUGUUGUUGUUGUUCUAUACAAUCAAUAAACUAGUGUUACUCAAUCAUGUGACAAUAUUACUACUACUACUACUAUUAAAAAUAACAGUAGUAUAUAUUUCCUUAAUUGAUAACCGUUUUAGAUAUCAUUUUAUCAGUUAUAUAAACAUUACAUUCAUUGUUAUUUCUUGGUUGGUUAAAUAAUAUUGAGUAUAUAUGAAUAAGUAUAUUAUCAUAAGUGUUAUUAUAUCAUGGACUAUAUAACUUUAUAUAUGAAUUCCAUUUCUUUCUUUUUUGCAAUAGAUAGAAAUAAUUACAUUUAUUAGAUGUAGUUUGUUCAUUGUCAUCCUUCUACACUAUAUGACAUGUUGUUGUUUAUUUCAUGUAUAUGUAGUGAAACGAAUGAUUUUUGUCGAGAAGUUCUUUAAUUGUUCAUUGCUAUAUGUUUUUUUUUCUUUUCAUUACGUUGUUCACAUAAAGUUUACUAUUUUUUUCAACGAUGAUCUAAUAUCAAUCGGUUCAUGAUCCCGAUUAAAAGCUUAAUAAUCUUCACAAUCACUCUACUGAUAAUUACUACGUGC